AUGCUGGAAAUGCUUGAAUAUAGCCACUAUCAGGUGCAGUCUCACCUGGAAAAUCCAUCCAAGUACCACAUCCAGCAGGCUCAGAGGCAGCAGGUGAGGCAGUACCUGUCCUCCACUCUGGGUGGGAAAGCUGCAGGCCAGUGUCCAAACCAGACCCCCGAGCACAGCAUGCCACCCGGACCCACCGGCAGCGCACCCAACAGUCCCAUGGCCUUGCUCACCCUCGGCUCACACUGUGAGAAGGAGUUACCGUGUAUCAAACAGAUGGACGACGUCAUCGAUGAUAUUAUUAGCUUGGAGUCAAGCUACAAUGAAGAUGUUCUCGGACUGAUAGACCCAGCACUCCAAAUCAACAGUCCGCUCCCUGUGUCUGGGAAUUUACUGGAUGUGUACAACAGCCAAGGGCUUCCACUCCCAGGUCUGUCUAUCAGCAACUCCUGUGCACCCAACAUUAAAAGGGAAUUCAUAGCUCCUGGCAUGAAGCAAGUACUGGACAAGUCUGGAUCCUGUGGUCAGUUCGAAAGCUAUCAAAGGCCUGAGGGCUUUCCAGUAGAAGCUGAAGUUCGUGCUCUUGCUAAAGAGAGACAGAAAAAGGACAACCACAACUUAAUUGAACGCAGACGGAGAUUCAACAUCAACGAUCGCAUAAAAGAGCUGGGCACCCUAAUACCCAAAUCAAAUGAUCCAGACAUGCGCUGGAAUAAGGGCACCAUUCUGAAGGCUUCUGUGGACUACAUCAGGAAACUUCAGCGGGAGCAAGAGAGAGCCAAGGAGCUGGAGUGUAGGCAGAGGAAGCUGGAGCACACAAACCGCCACCUGAUGCUUCGUAUACAGGAGCUGGAGAUCCAAGCCCGAGCUCAUGGUCUUACGGUGGUGUCCUCUCCAUCGAUCUGCACAUCAGAACUGAUGGCUCGGGCCAUCAAACAGGAGCCCAUUCUUGGCGACUGCCCGUCUAAUCUCUACAAUCACAGCUGUGGCCCAGACAUGUCUCCCCCAACCACACUGGACCUCAACAACGGCACCAUCACCUUCGACCAGGUUCCUGCAGACUCCGGUGAUCCCGAGACAUAUGGGAGCUCCAGGACCUGUAAAAUGAAGGAGUUGAUGAGGGACAACACACUCGGGCUAAUUUCCCCGAGUGAUCCUCUGCUGACCUCGAUGUCCCCGGACGUCUGCAAUAACCACAGUUCCAGCUCUAGCAUGGAGGAGAAGGACCACAGCUGUUAG